GACCACGACGCACACACACAAACAAAGCAGCUAGCGGCGACAACUACAACAUUUUUUACAUUUUUGCCAGCAUUUAAUAUUUAAUUCGCCCGGGAAUAGAAUGAAUUACUGAAACAAAUAGGACAGUAAACAAAAUGCAAAUAAUCAAGUGCUUGCUGGUGGUGCAACUGGCCCUUUCGCUGGUGGAGGAGUCUUUAGCCGGCCGGGAUUUCUACAAGAUACUGAACAUCAAGAAAAACGCCAACACGAAUGAGGUAAAAAAGGCGUAUCGUCGAUUGGCCAAGGAAUUGCAUCCGGAUAAGAACAAAGACGAUCCGGAUGCCUCCACAAAGUUUCAAGACCUUGGAGCUGCCUAUGAAGUCCUUUCGAAUCCAGAUAAACGGAAAACUUACGACCGGUGCGGUGAGGACUGCCUGAAGAAAGAGGGCAUGAUGGAUCAUGGUGGCGACCCGUUCUCGAGCUUCUUCGGGGACUUUGGAUUCCACUUUGGAAACGGAGAUGGCCAACAACAGGAUGCUCCGCGAGGAGCAGAUAUCGUUAUGAACCUGUAUGUUUCUCUAGAGGAACUCUACUCCGGAAAUUUUGUUGAGAUUGUGAGAAACAAGCCUGUAACUAAGCCUGCCUCUGGCACCCGGAAAUGCAACUGCCGCCAGGAGAUGGUCACCCGGAACCUUGGACCUGGACGAUUCCAGAUGAUUCAGCAAACCGUCUGUGAUGAGUGCCCAAAUGUAAAACUGGUCAACGAGGAGCGCACCCUGGAAAUAGAGGUGGAACAGGGAAUGGUCGAUGGCCAGGAAACAAGAUUUGUGGCCGAGGGAGAGCCCCAUAUCGAUGGUGAACCCGGAGAUCUCAUUGUGAAGGUUCAACAGAUGCCGCAUCCGCGAUUCCUGCGCAAGAACGACGAUCUGUACACGAACGUGACCAUUAGUCUUCAGGAUGCCCUAGUUGGCUUCUCCAUGGAGAUUAAGCAUCUGGAUGGGCACUUGGUGCCAGUCACGAGGGAAAAGGUCACGUGGCCGGGCGCUAGAAUCCGCAAAAAGGGUGAGGGCAUGCCCAACUUCGAGAAUAACAACCUCACCGGCAACUUGUACAUCACCUUUGAUGUUGAGUUCCCCAAGAAGGAUCUAACGGAGGAGGACAAGGAAGCGCUCAAGAAAAUACUCGACCAAUCCUCCAUCAAUCGGAUCUACAAUGGACUGUGAAUCCACAUCAACCCCUCCCAAAAAUGCGCUCGCCGGCUGUACUCUAGUAUUUAAAUGCCUAGCUGGGAGGUUUCGGUCUUGAAACGCCCCCAAUUCAAGACAUGACUUUGUUCAAAAAAGUUGUGCGAUAAAAACAAUUUAAUUUUAGUUUAGAGUUUUGUAAAAUAGGAAAAGUUAAUGAGCGAGGACAGAAAACUAAAAGCAGUUCCUGGUGACAAAAGGAAUUUCAAAACAAAACCAACUCCCUACAAAAUAAAACGGAUUUAAAUUAUAAA